AUGCUCCGACGACUUUCUUCGAAAAAAGAGAAGAAAGAAGACAAUGGCCAUAAGAAACUUUUGGCCAAAUUUAUGGAUUUUCUGAACUCCUCGAUCUGGUCCAUUCCCAUCUCUUCGUUCAUCGAACAAAAAUCGAUCGGUUAGUUUCGUUUGAAUUUUUAAGGGGUCCCUAGGGGGUUUUGGUGUUCUAGUGAGCCCUAUAGGGGCACUUAAAAGACCCCUUUUAAACUCCUAUAGAGGCCUCUCCGUAAUUUCGCAGUGGAAAGUCAAAUUCGAUGCGCCCGACCUGAAACGGGUUGCGCAAGAAGGGUUCCAAAAACCUCAGAAAAAGAUUCUGGCCUAUUUUUUUUUCGACUUUUCACGAAAAACUCUUUAAUAGGGCGCAAAUGAGUCAUUUAUCGCGGCUAUUUUUGGAUUUGUCAUAGUGAAUCCUCCUCAUUAAAUCAUGAAAAUCACGAGAUUCUGAAUCAUGAAGCAAAUGGGAACAAAUCAAGCAUCUAAUUAACUAAUUAGACACGUUUUUAAUCGAAAAACUUCAUCUGAAACGAAAAAAUAAGUUAAAUUUGGUGAGAAAUAUCACAAAAAACGAGAAAAAGUUGCAGUUUUCGACCGGCAACAGAUGGAAACGGACGUCUACGUCGAAAUCCACAAAGAAUACACCAAUCUCAUCGAUACUUUGGUGGGAAACUCGAGAAAAAUGGGGAAAAAUGGAUAUUUUGUAGAUCGAAUGCUUCUGCGAGGACGUCGGAAGCAGUGGACAGAAAUUGGUGGAAGCCCUCAACACGUUGGAUCGCACUAAUCUUGGGGUCAAACAACGGGUGAGUUUCAGAAAAAGGGAGGAAAACAGCGGCUUAAAGGCAUAG